AUUUUAAGCAGCCCUCUCAGUUGUCACACACGUAUAUAAGACACGCAUGCUUGGACAGAACAUUUACAUUUCGUGUGCUAUCCUGUUAAAAGCAUUAUAGACGUCUGUGGCGACGUAAUUACAGCGUAUGACGUCAGACGCAAAGUUCUGGAGAAAGAAGAUGUCGCUAACGAGCUUUUUACCUGCCCCAACUCAGCUUUCCCAGGACCAGCUGGAAGCUGAAGAAAGGUCCCAGUCACAAAGGUCCAGGUCAACCGCACUGGUAUCAUCGCGUAGAGAACCACCUCCCUAUGGCUUUAGAAAGAGCUGGAUUCCAAGGUCACUGGAGGACUUUGGAGAUGGCGGUGCUUUUCCAGAGAUUCACAUUGCACAAUACCCGCUGGAAAUGGGAAGAAAAAAGAAGACUUCCAAUGCUUUGGCAGUUCAAGUGGAUGCAGAAGGGAAGGUCAAAUAUGAUGCCAUUGCUCGGCAAGGACAGGGAAAAGACAAGGUUAUUUACAGUAAGUUCACAGAUUUGCUUCCUAAGGAAGUUGCGAAUGAAGAUGAUCCAGGCCUUCAGAGACCAGAUGAAGAAGCUGUUCAAGAGUUGACAGAAAAGACUAGAUCUGCUCUUGAUAAACAAGUUUCACAGAAGAUUGCAGCAGCCAUGCCUGUGCGUGCAGCAGAUAAGCAGGCCCCUGCUCAGUAUAUUAGGUACACCCCAUCCCAGCAAGGAGUUGCAUUUAAUUCUGGAGCCAAGCAAAGGGUUAUUCGAAUGGUGGAAAUGCAGAAAGAUCCGAUGGAACCACCACGAUUUAAGAUCAAUAAGAAAAUCCCCCGUGGACCUCCAUCUCCACCUGCACCAGUCCUGCAUUCACCCAGCAGAAAGAUGACGGUGAAGGAACAGCAAGAGUGGAAGAUUCCACCAUGCAUUUCAAACUGGAAAAAUGCAAAGGGUUACACAAUUCCAUUAGACAAACGUCUAGCAGCUGAUGGCCGGGGACUGCAGACAGUUCAUAUCAAUGAGAACUUUGCAAAGCUUGCAGAGGCACUCUACAUUGCAGACAGGAAGGCUCGUGAAGCUGUCGAGAUGCGUGCCCAGGUAGAAAAAAAAAUGGCUCAGAAGGAGAAAGAGAAGAAGGAGGAGAAGCUCAGGGAACUGGCCCAAAUGGCAAGAGACCGAAGAGCUGGCAUCAAAGGCCAUGGUGACAAAGUUGCAGAGGAUGGAGAGGCUAGAGAGCGUGAUGAAAUCAGACAUGACAGAAGGAAAGAGAGACAGCAUGACAGAAAUAUAUCUAGAGCAGCUCCAGAUAAAAGGUCAAAGCUACAAAGGGACCAGGACAGAGAUGUCAGUGAACUCAUUGCGCUUGGUCAACCCAAUCCUCGCACUUCUAAUGAGGCACAGUAUGAUCAGCGACUUUUCAAUCAAAGCAAGGGUAUGGAUAGUGGUUUUGCUGGUGGAGAGGAUGAGGUUUAUAAUGUGUAUGACCAGCCUUGGAAAAGUGGCAGGGAUAUGGCCCAGAACAUCUACAGACCCAGUAAGAAUACUGACAAAGAUAUGUAUGGAGACAAUCUGGACACACUCAUGCAAAAUAACAGAUUUGUGCCUGACAAGGAGUUCUCUGGCACUGAUCGCAGACAGCGCAGAGAUGGCCCGGUUCAGUUUGAGGAGGAUCCAUUUGGUCUGGAUAAGUUCUUGGAGGAAGCCAAGCAGCAUGGUGGCUCAAAGCGGCCAUCAGAUAGUGGACGUUCAAAGGAUUAUGACCAUGAUAAGAAACGAAGAAAGGAGUGAAAAUACUUCUGGUCUCCUAUAAGAAUCGGUUUUUAAAGACCUGAGCCUAACUUUUAUACAAAGUCUGGAAUUCAUUUAAUGGUUUACUGUAUUUUUAAAGCAAUUGCUCCAGCUUUAACCCACAUUAAGGACAGACAGGGUGAUCUAAAAUAAGAAUAAUAUGAUUGCAUAGGUUUACAUUCCUGUAAUGUUUUAUAUCAGUUAACUGGUCAUUUCAAAUUGCAGACAUUCUAUUAGUGAGCUUUGUAAUAUAUAUUUUUUUUCUAGGUCUACCUGUUUUCUGCUGUAACCUUUGAACAUGUAUAGUAUGGAAUACCUGAUGAGGUUUUUUUUUUCCAAAAGGUAUUUGUACAGUUAAUGCCAUACAACAAAAUAAAUGUUUGUAUUUUU